UGUCAUGGAAAGUCAGAUACACAAAACCCAUCGGCCUAGCAACAAAGCCGAGAAAAAGACAAAGGGAAAAGGUAAAGGCAAACAGUCCGGAUUCAACGAAAAGGCCUUUGCUCCAAAGUCGGGCAGACGUGCAGAGCGAGAAGGACGAAGAAAUGUCGAGCGCGAACAAACCCGUCUCCAUGUCCCACUUGUUGAUCGCACUCCGGAUGACAUUCCUCCGCCAGUAAUUGUCGCCAUAGUAGGACCCUCUGGAGUCGGCAAGACCACUCUUCUCAAAAGCCUUGUUCGUCGAUACUCCAAGCAAACGCCGCAGGAGGCCAAAGGCCCCAUCACAGUGGUUAGCGGCAAAAAACGGCGGUUGACGUUCAUUGAAUGUAACAAUGACCUCAACUCAAUGAUUGACAUUGGCAAGGUUGCCGACCUGGUUCUUCUGAUGAUUGAUGGGUCUUAUGGAUUCGAAAUGGAUGCAUUCGAAUUUCUCAAUAUCCUACAGGCCCACGGUUUCCCAAAAGUCAUUGGUAUCCUCACACAUCUCGAUCUCAUAAAGAAGCAGUCUACUCUGAAAUCUACCAAGAAAACUAUCAAGAAGCGUUUUUGGACAGAGAUAUACCAGGGCGCAAAACUCUUUUACCUCUCUGGUGUCCUCAACGGGCGAUAUCCUGACAACGAAAUCCUCAACCUUACCCGUUUCAUCAGCGUGAUGAAGUUCCGCCCUCUCAUAUUUCGCAACAGCCAUCCCUACCUCCUCGCCGAUCGCAUUGAAGAUCUUACGCCUCGAGAAACUAUACGUGCAUCGAGAGGCAAAUGCGACCGCACCGUCACGUUAUAUGGGUACCUUCGAGGUACCAAUCUUCGACAAAGCUCAAAAGUUCACAUACCGGGCGUGGGCGACAUGUCCAUAACGUCUGUCAACAUAUUGGGGGACCCUUGUCCAUUACCUGAUGCAGAUUCUGAGAAGCGGCGAAAGCUCAGCGAGAAGAAGAAACUUCUCGUACAUGCACCUAUGAGUGACGUCGGAGGUGUCAUGUACGAUAAAGAUGCUGUGUGGAUCAAUGUUCCCGGGAAUUUUACUCGUGGAGCUACCGACGUUCCACGGGGUGAGGGAGAACAGAUGGUUAUGAACCUUCAAGAUGUCGAUGUUACGUUGGCGGAUACAGUUUCCCGUAGCCAAAUAAAGUUAUUGGGAUCCUCAUCGAUGCCCCUGACGGUUGAACCCCAUGAUGAUGAAGACAACGAGAGUCUUGCAGAUGACACGGAAGAGGAUGAGGAGGGGACGGAUGAUUCCGAAGAGGAUGACCUUUCUGACGGAGACAAGGCCGAAGGGACAUCAGAAGAAGAGUUGGAUCUUGGAUCAGACUCCGGACGCGGUGAUCAGGGUCGUACGUCAUCGCGUAGGGUGAUGAGACCUAUCGCUGGACCCUCAGAGAAGGAACGAAGUGGAGGUGAUAUUGCUUUUGCCGACAGCGACUCCGAGCUUGGAGAGGGUGACGAAGAAUGGCAUAAUAGGGGUAAUUCGCCCCCCUUGGAUCUGGAGGAUGACGUAGGAGAUGUGUCAGACGAAGAUGGUGGCGAUGGUGAAGAGGAAGACAUGCUUGUAGGUCCUGCGUGGAAGGAGAACUUGUCCGCCAAAGCCGCGGCCGCGUUUGCUGAACAUGCCCAAAGAAAGCGAAGAAAAGAUUGGAUGGCAUCGAUAUACUCGAGCAAUCUCACCCCCAGCCAAAUUGUCAACGGCGAACGCGUAGGUUCACACGAGGAGGACCCCUCGGACGCCGAUGAUUUCUUCCGCCCGAAAGGAGCAUCCGAACGGAAGGACGAUGAACUGGACAGAACGAAGGAGAUCCUAUCGCUCGAAAGUCUUCGAGAGUGGGAGAACGAGUCGACAUUAGAUUCUCUGCGUUCUGCAUUCAUCACCGGUGACCACGCUCCUGCGGAUGGUGUCACUGCGGAAGAGGAGGACGGAUCGGAGGCUGGUGACUUUGAGGAUCUGGAGGCUGACGAGUCGAGCUCUCAGCAGCUACCUCAAGAUGCUGAAACCGCUCGAGCUGCAGAACUCGCGGCCAAGAAGGCGGAGCUUAAACGCAAAUUCGAUGAACAGUACGACGAUCCGGAGGCUGCCAAGAUGGACUUUUACGACGAAAAAAAGGAAGAGAUCAACCGUCAGCUUCAGAUCAACCGUGACGAAUUCGAAGGCAUUAAUGCAGAAGCACGCGCACUGGUUGAGGGCUAUCGACCAGGUUCCUACGUUCGUAUUGAGCUCUCGAAUGUCCCUUGCGAAAUGAUAGAGCAUUUUGACCCGCACUACCCUAUCAUCGUUGGAGGACUCCUUCCCUCUGAAGAACGCUUUGGAUACCUUCAAGUCCGCAUCAAACGGCAUCGAUGGUUUACCAAGACUUUGAAAACUAACGAUCCUCUAACCUUGUCUCUUGGCUGGAGACGUUUUCAGACGGUGCCAAUCUACUCGUUAGACGACCAUUCCAUUCGGAUGCGCAUGCUCAAGUACACUCCUGAGCACAUGCACUGUUAUGCCACGUUCUACGGACCAGUGUCUCUGCCGAACACUGGCUUCUGUGCUUUUAACAGCCUCGAUGGCGAGACCUCCAUGUUCAGGGUAUCGGCUACUGGUGUCGUGCUUGACGUCGAUCGUUCCACCAAGAUCGUCAAGAAACUGAAGCUUACAGGUGUUCCAUUUAAGAUCUUCAAGAAUACGGCAUUUAUAAAGGACAUGUUCAAUAGUGCUCUUGAGGUUGCCAAGUUCGAGGGUGCUCAUAUUCGGACCGUCUCCGGCAUUCGAGGGCAGGUGAAGAAAGCAUUGUCCAAACCAGAUGGAGCUUUCCGAGCGACGUUUGAGGACAAGGUGCUCAUGAGUGACAUCAUCUUCCUGCGAGCGUGGUACUCCAUUCAGCCCCGCAAGUUCUACAAUCCUGUGACCUCGCUACUGUUGUCCGAUAAGGGACGGUGGUCUGGAAUGCGACUAACGGGAGAAGUGAGGAAAGAGCAAGGCCUUAAAACGCCUCUCGCUGUCAAUUCGGCGUACAAACCUAUUGAGCGGGCACCCCGUCGUUUCAAUGCACUCAAGGUAUCUAAGAAGUUGCAAGCUGCCCUCCCGUACGCCUCGAAACCAAGGGCAAUGAAACCUCAACGUAAAAAGACUUAUAUGGAACGCCGUGCAGUCGUCAUGGAGCCAGAGGAGAAGAAGGCAAUUGCACUUAUGCAGCAGAUUCGGGCGCUGCGGAAGGACCAGGUGGCGAGGAGGAGAGAGAAGCAGAGUGAGAGGAAGGCUGCACACCGCAAGAAGGUGGAGAAAGAGGAGGCGAAAAGGGCAGAUAAGGAAAAGGAGAAGAGAAAAGAUAUUAUGAGGGUUGCUGGACUGAAAACCAAGCGGGAGAUGGAAGCAGAGGAGGGCCGGCCGAGGAAGAAGAGAAAAACGUAGACCCUGGCCUUGUAUGUACGUAGUACUCUGGGUGUAGCAUGUCACGUUGUCACGGUCACUCCUGUAG